GAGUUGAUCCGCAAAGGGAUCCCCCACCAUUUCCGCGCCAUCGUCUGGCAGUUGCUCUGCAGCGCCACCGAAAUGCCCGUCAAAAACCAAUAUUCCGAGCUCCUCAAGAUGUCCUCCCCCUGCGAGAAGCUCAUCAGGAGGGACAUCGCCCGCACUUACCCCGAGCACGAGUUCUUCAAGGGCCAGGACAGUUUGGGCCAAGAAGUUCUCUUCAACGUCAUGAAGGCCUAUUCCCUGGUGGACCGCGAGGUGGGCUAUUGCCAAGGGAGCGCCUUCAUCGUGGGUCUUCUCCUCAUGCAGAUGCCCGAGGAAGAGGCCUUCUGCGUCUUCGUGAGGCUGAUGCAGGAAUAUCGCUUACGGGAGCUCUUCAAACCCAGUAUGGCCGAACUGGGGCUCUGCAUCUACCAGUUUGAGUACAUGCUGCAG